AUGACGCGGGCGCUCUCUGUAGCACCCGUGCUCCUUCUCCUGGGCCUUCAGCCGGUCCAGGCUGCCUACUUCAACCUUCACGAGGGCGAAGAGAAGUGCUUCGUCGAGACAGUGCCGCAACACCAGGUUCUGACCGUGAAAUAUCGGCAUGCAGAUAACCCGGGUGUUGAGUGCAUGGUGAUCUUCAAGGACCCGCAGAAAAAGCAGGUCUUCUCGAAGAGGGUAGGGCACGAGGACUCCGAGCAGGGGAGAACAGCCUACAUGACGCAGCAGCGUGGUGAACACCGUAUCUGCGUCCAGUGCACCGGCUCCCGCUGGUUUCAGACCACAGCUCUGAAAUGGGAGCUCAGCGUCGACAUGGGCGACACCGACUUCUCUAAGAACCCUGCCACCCGCGGCAACAUGAAAGGCAUCGAGAGGUCCAUCUUGAGUACCAUGGCUAGAGCAGAGGCCAUCUCGGCUGAGAACGAGUAUGGGUAG